AUGGAUGAGGAGCUGAUUUUUACUAACGAGUUUUCUGGUACUGUUUCGCAACUGCAUUCGCAUGGGCAGACGAAUCUCAGACAAUGCUCUACUGCAGCUAUUAAUUCAGCCACUUUGGUUGGGCAUCGGCUAUUUGUGGCACAAGCCAAUAAGGCUCUAAUUAAUGUGUACAAUAUUCAUGGUGCUAAUAAGCGGGAAUCAGUUGAGCAGAGGUUGCCACUACCAGAAGUUGUCAGUUGUAUUGCUGUUGUGGAGAACAUCCAGGCGUCUAGAUGCGGUUCUGCGAAUUCCAACUCAGGUUUACCGUACCUACUUGUGGGCUCUACUCCUACGGGAAAAUUGUACGUCUGGGAGUUGAAUUCAGGGAAUCUGUUGUCGGUGAAGGCUAUGGCACAUUAUCAACCGAUUACAAAGAUACAGUCUAUUGUGAAUGGCAAGUACGUUAUCACGAGUGGAUCAGAUGCUCGUCUGAUUAUCUGGCAAACGGCUGAUUUGGUUCUCCACGAUGAUCCUAAACCACUAUACAUACUGCACGAUCACACGUUGCCAAUAACGGAUUUUGUUGUGAGUAAUGCUUACAACGGCGAUUAUAUAAAUACCAAAUUGUUUACAGUGUCGGAGGAUGCGACAUUGAGAUGUUACCAUAUUGACUCUCAACUUGACAAACCAUAUUUGAUUGCUACGUUUACGUUUGCACUACCUUUAACAUCGGUAACAUUGGAUCCAGCUGAUAGAUGUGUGUAUGUUGGAACAAAGGAAGGGGCCUUUGCUUUACCUGUUUAUUACGGUUUGGACAACAAUGAAACUAAGUUGGUGAAUCUACUGCAUUUCGGAGAAAACAAAAUAUUAUCCAUUAUAGAAUCUCAAGAAGGUGUAGAUGUGAAUCGCAAGGAAUUGUACCAAAUGGGACAACUGGUCUGCGACAAGUUAAUACCAUCCCAUAUAACGGCUAUGAAGUUAUCCAUGGACGGCAGUCUGAUUGUGUUCGGUACCAACCAAGGUAAUUGCAUUGUGAUGGAUAUUUACUCAAAGCAGCCUGUGCGCGAGGUAGCUCCUAUUGUAACACAAGACACCAAUGUAGGAAUGGUAACGAAUUUGCUUUUAUUCCCAGCGACUAUGGAGUCUGAAUCCUUGAUGCAAUCAUCUGUUUAUGAUGUCAGCAGCAAACACACUGAAGCGUCUAAGAUCCCAAAUCUCAGCAAGUCUGUAUUUGAUAAGAAGGGUCCGCAUGAUAUAGUUUUUCAGGUGGUUUCUCGGAAGGAGUUGGAGAAGGUACCGCCCUUAUCAGAUUUCAAGGAGUACGUAGACUGUGUUGCUCAAGAGGAGAGUGUAUUCUUGCAACAAGGCCCUAUACAAAGUACAGUGAAGGUCAUAAAUCAAGAUAAACAAGCCGAGGAGGUUGUAGCAGACCUACCACCGUCCAAAGAUGCAACUGAUGAGGGCGCAGAAAUUUCCAAGCUGAAAGAAACAAUCGAACAGCUGACCUGUGCUUACAAAGACUUGAGGGCAAUGCACGAAACUCUGUAUGAAGAGCAUAAUAAGCUGCUACAGUCGCAGCCCAGCCUCCACUAA